CGUUUCCGGGUGGAGGCAGAUGUGGCAGUGAACCGUGCCAAUAUGCUGACUCGACUGUGGAAGUAUGCGGCUCCAGAGGUCAUGGACUCGGAAUAUCUGUUGCACGCUGGUGUCUUCGCAAUGGUGGAGUUUGAUGAUGACAUCUUUGCCGCUGGAAACUGUUACGAUCAAUUCCAGUACAAAGACUACUGGCUCUUCUGUCCAUAUGCCUACCGGCUGCCUGAGGGUCUUAUCCUGGUCAAGGAUCUAGCGGUGGAGUACAAGUACCUAAGUAACACCAGCGAGUGGUUCUACAUUGCCAGGAAGAACGCCGAAAAUGUUAUCAUCAACUACAAUCAGUUCAGUAGAGGCUUUAAUACGUACACAUACAACGAGACAGCUCACACAGACAGAGUGCCGGACGAGAUCCUCAGUGUACGUUACGAGGAUGGCAAGUGGAGUAAGCCUUACUACGACUGUGGAGGUGGCAACAUAUGGAUGCUCACAUACACUGUGCCUUUCUUUGGUUACGCCAACAAUUCCUACUUCUUCAAAGGAACAAGUGGAAUAGACAUCGACUUGAGGAGAGUUGACAUCGAUCAGUGUCCGCUACCAGCUGGCAGCACUCAGCUCAACAUAUUCGCAGCUUCUGACAAGUGCAAAAAUCGAACGACAGAGUGUGUAGCUUUGCCAGGCCUUGGGUUCCGGCGUGGCAGCUACAAAUGUGUUUGUAAGCGAGGCUUCUACUACCCCGACACCAAGGCAGCUCAUCGCUACUACAACGGCACAGUCAUAGAGGAGGAGUACGAGAAACUUAUGCUGGGAGAAGAAAACCAGUACAACAACUCCGAGGUAUUCGUGUGCCUGCCUUGUGCUGAAGGCUGUGAGGCUUGUCUGGACGGCAGCCCCUGCGUAGUGUCUCUAAACUGGGUCAUGCGCACCGCCAUCCUCAUCAUGUCCUGCGUCUUCAUCUGCUGUCUUCCCGUCGUCGUGCUCUUCACCUGGAAAUACGGCAAUGUUAAAGUGGUGCGAGCCGCAAGCCCUGUCCUUCUCAGAGUUAUUACGUUAGGAGCUUUCUUUAUUUACUGCACAACGAUCGUGAUGUACCCUCGACCCAACAUCAUCACCUGUACUCUACGAGUCUGGCUCAGAGAAAUAGGAUUUUCCCUUACUUACGGCGCCCUCAUGCUUAAAACAUGGAGGAUAUCAGUGAUAUUUCGAGUCCGGUCAGCGAAAGCGGUGAAGAUUACGGACCUGGACCUCCUGAAGCGGCUGGGGGUCAUUGUUGCCAUUUUCUCUGUAUUCCUGAUGAUCCGCACCCUAGUGGCGCCCCCACACGUCAUCAUAGGGCGGACUGCGGAUGAUCUCAAAGCCUACCUUUGCCACACAGACUGGUGGGACCACUCCUUCAGCAUGAUGGAAGUGCUGUUCCUGGUGUGGGGAAUUCGUCUCUGUAUUGUGGUGAGAAAAGCGCCCUCUGAAUUCAACGAGAGCAGAUUUAUCUCAAUGGCAAUAUACAACGAAUUCCUGCUCUCAUGUUUCCUUAAUGUUUCCAUGCUAUUCUUGCAAUCACCUGCAAACCCUGACCUGCUCUACAUUAUUUUCUUCGCCCAUACUCAGCUUACCGUUACAUUACUGCUUUGCCUUAUUUUUGGAAGCAAGGCAUACAUGGUUUUCAAAGGCCACGGAAAGGCGGAGGACUCCACCAAUACUCUUCCCAAAGCUCAAACUACGAAGUUCCUGGCCAAACCACGUUCUACGAACUCCCAGUACGCAGCCAGUACCAAUUCCCAGUACGCAGCUAGUACCAACUCCUCCAUUACGGCGCACGAGUAUGCUAGGCUCUCUGAACUUGAAGUCCAGGAGGAGUUUAAGCGACUCUCUACUCAACUGGAGAUGCUGAGGGACCACAACAUGCGGCACGGCAACAGACAUCUGGCCGCCAAAAUAUCAGCAAUGCAGGAGGCGGCGCGGGACUACCGAGAGAACAUCCCGGAAGAAGACAGCGACAGCAUGGCGGUACCGACCCUCCCUGGCUCGGGGUCUGUCCCGCCACACCCUCUGGCUCAAGGGGAUGAAGUGGCAAAUCACAGGGUGAGCCGCAGAAUCGAAGGCCAGUGUGAUUCUCGCUGCAGCAAGUUCGAGAGGAAGGAAUACCCCAUCAGCAAACACAAGGAGCGGAGUCCCCAACACUCCACCGAAUCCAACCAACUCCGCUCCGGCCAUGCGCGCACUCACACCAUCGUCAUAAACCUGGACGACAAGAACCGGUUCACUGAGGAGGUCACCGUCUGAUGUCCGCCACCCAGUACUCUACAGGGUUGUGGUUGCUAUUGGGGUAGCUUUGAGAUAAAAGAUACAGGAUGUAUAUGUAGAGCAGCUGGCCUCAAAAUACCGGACUGUAUUGGAACUCCUAAUUAUCAACUUCCUGUCUUUGUCUUUUCACAUUACCUGACCUUGGUACUAUAGUUGUAUUAUCAAAGUAUCUGUGAUAUUGUACAUAAAGUUUGUAUAAUGUUCUAGUUUUUUAUUAUGUAAAUAUCGCGAUAGUAUAAGAAAUAUUUAAUUGAGUGUACUGACACAUAAAUGUUGGUGUGCUCGUAGUUGCAUAAUGAUUUAAACGGACUUACUUCAUUACUUUAUAUUGAAUUUAUUCUACUGGUUGUAAAUAAGCUACUUAACCAUUGGUUUUAAACUAUUUCGACGUUGAACAUGGCAAUGAAACAAAACAUAUUAUUAUUCAUAUAAAUUUUGGUUUGCGUUUAUAAAAUAAAAUACUCGUCUGUGAAAUAACAAAAUUUUGCUAAAAAACAAAUUUUUGUGUACAUGUUAAUUUAAAUUGGCAAGCCACCAAAGAAUAUUAUACAUAACAUCGAAUUAAUUAUACCUGUAAUAGAUCAGAGCCAAUAAUUAAAAAGAAAAAAUAUGAAGAAAUAUAAUACAUAAAAUACAAGAAUUCUGCUAUGAAAACACUUAACGUAAGAGUAAUUGUGUAAACUGACAUGUAUCUACAUUUAUGCAAAAUGAAUCAGUAUAUAUAAAAACGUAUUAAUUUGACAGUUAAUUAACAAUAGUCUUUUUUAAUGAAAUGUAGCACUAUAACUAGCUAUAUCAAAUGCUGUAAAUAAUAAGCUGUUACUAAAUAAACAAGGUCACAUUGUACAUUAUUUUACUUUUCUAUCCCGAGAUAAAAUUAAUUUUCCAGUGGAGAUUUAAAUUUAAGAACGUGCAAUUGAGAAAUAUGAAUAAUUUCUUAUAUUUUUAAAAUAAAUGGUCUUAUAUCAUUUUUCAUGGUACACUCUAACAGGGAGGACAUCAGAAAUAUAAUCGCAUAUAACAUUUAGUAUAUACAUUGAGUUUGUUUAUGUAGAUGAACAAUACAAUAGAUAUUUUAUUAUUAGUUCUCAAAAUCCUAAUUAUAUCUGACUUCAAAUAACAAACUAUAUCUUACAAGUACAGAAUUACUUGUUUCAUUUAAACAGUAGUGUUGGCAGAACUUGUACAAAGACUGAAAUGAAUUUAGAUUGUAGCACACGAAAAUUAUCUAAAUUUCUAACUACUUAUGCUUUCCUGCUUUAGAAGCAAAAGUUCGUAUGUGUUAAUUUUUAAAUUGAGCUCGAGAGGAAGAAUGGUUUUGAAACAAUAACAGACAAAUAUAAAAGUUAUGAAUGCCCUCAAGUGUUUACGUACUCUCUAGUUGAGUGUUUUGCAAACCAACGAAAUGUUUGGUUAAAACGCUAUCAUGUUUAUUUUUAUUUUAAAACAGUUUUACAGACUAAUAACAAAAUUGAAGCCUUAGCUAAUAAUUCAUUUAUUUUAUAAUACAAUUAAAAUUCAUAUGAGUAAUUUUGUGAUAAAAUAAGUCAUGAAUUAGGUAAAAGUAAAAAGGUAAAUGUAAUGCAGUGACUCAUCACAAUUUUACUACGGAACAAUUAAAUUAAAAUUUUAUUCAAAUUUAAAAAUAUUUGUAAAAUAUUAAGUUUAAUAAUACAUGUUAUUACAGAAAAACAAAUUGAUAAAUUCCAUCUUAGCCACGGCGAAAACGAAAAAAAUGUGUACUUAAAUCGUGAAAAAUACUUAUCCUGCUUAUCACCGGUAUUAUUGGUAAAAGUUGAUGUAACUUAUGUAUAUAAGAAAUACGUCCUUAUAGUACUUAAAUUAUUUUUAAAUUGUAUUAAGCGUAUAGAUAUAAAUAGCAGUGUAGUAUUUUAAAUACCUGUGAUACUUGGACCAUGAGGUUGUUUAUAGAUUUUAUAUUGAUUUACUUCUUGUAAAUAAAUAUUAAGUACUGGAGGAAUAAGCCUGCUCCGACACUAUGUAAAAGAUGUUAUUCUUUUGGCUGUGCUGUAAUAGAAAAUUCAGAGGUUGUAAAUAAAAUGUACUCAAUACUCUAGAAAUAAAGUUUAAACUAAGACGAAACUGUAACUUCUAGCAUGUAGAGAGACUACAACAGUUUAUCUCGUUUAUAUGAAGAUAAAAGAUGAAGAUAUGAAUAUAAUUAUAAAAUACUUUUUAUAGCUUCGAACGGUCCUUGAUAGACUGAGCCCUAUCGACCGUUCGAAUCUUAGAUAUUUAAAUAUCAAGUAAUACGAAAAACGUUACAAAAUGUUGUUCCAUUAUUAAAAAUUUUACUCGUUUCAAAGACAAAAUAAAAAAU